AAAAAACUAUACCAGGUGCUUAUUUAAUGCAAUCUUUUCCUUGCGUUUGGCGGGUAUAGAAACGAACUGACGAAAAGAGCCCCAAAUAGAGAUCAAACGCUUUGAAAACGGGAGGAGAGAGAGAGCAGAACCGAACCAGAGAUACAAGGCAGAGGACUAGAGGAGGCAUGCAAGAAGCAAUUAUCUCAUUGCUCAUGUUCCUCUCUCUCUGACCAAAUCAGUUGGGCAUUGCAGAGCUUUGUUGAAUAUUCCAGCGGCGUCAAGAAGAGAGGGCUGCUCGCCUGUCCCCCAUUUUUUCCUCCCUGUAAAUUUUGUAAGGUAUACUUAUACACCGUCUGUACCAAUGGAGAUGUACGGUCGGAGCCCAGCACUGGAAGGGUCGCAAUCGGAUCCGCCGGUGGGCUGGAACUCUCCGGGAGCUGAAACGGGGCUCGAAGAACCCAUGUGGCAAUUGGGAUUGGGCAGCAGGGAUUCGUACCCGGAGCGGCCCAACGAGCCCGACUGUGUCUACUUCAUGCGUACUGGGUUCUGUGGUUAUGGUGCCAGAUGCCGUUUCAAUCAUCCCCGCGAUCGCAGUGCGGUUCUGGGAUCUGCAAGGCCCGGAGCAGGGGAGUAUCCAGAGCGGGUGGGCCAACCUGUAUGCCAGUAUUUUUUGAAGACCGGCACUUGCAAAUUUGGUGCCUCCUGCAAGUAUCACCAUCCAAGACAUGGAGGUGGAUCAGCAAUCCCUGUUUCACUAAAUUAUCAUGGAUAUCCAUUGCGACCGGGGGAGAAAGAAUGCGCCUACUAUGUGAAAACGGGGCAUUGCAAGUUUGGUGUGACCUGUAAAUUCCAUCACCCACAACCAGCUGGUGUGUCGGUGCCAGCUCCUGCACCACAGUUUUAUCCAACGGUGCAGUCUCCUUCGGUUCCUUCUCAACAAUAUGGGGGAAUGUCAGCGAGUUGGCAAGUUGCGAGGUCUCCACUCUUACCUGGUUCAUAUGUACAAGGUGCUUAUGGUCAUGUGCUGCUUUCCCCAGGGGUGGUUCCGAUUCCGGGUUGGAGCCCUUAUCCUGCACCUGUUAGCCCAGUGGCAUCUCCUGGUGCUCAGCCCACCGUUGGAGGGGGUCCUAUUUAUGGCGUAACACAACUAUCACCUUCUACACCUGCAUAUGCAGGUCCUUAUCCACCCUUACCUUCUUCUGCUGGUCCUUCAGGCAGCAGUCAGAAGGAACAUGUAUAUCCAGAGAGACCUGGCCAACCUGAAUGCCAGUACUACAUGAGGACGGGGGAAUGCAAGUUUGGAUCCUCGUGUAAAUAUCAUCACCCCCUAGAAUGGAUUACACCAAAAACAAAUUGUGUCCUCAGUCCAAUGGGCCUCCCUUUGCGUCCGGGUGCUCAGCCUUGCACUUUCUAUACGCAACAUGGAGUAUGCAAGUUUGGACCUACAUGCAAAUUUGAUCAUCCGAUGGGGAGUCUCAGUUACAGCCCAUCUGCAUCUUCUCUUGCAGAUAUGCCAGUUGCUCCUUACCCAGUUGGGUCUUCACUAGCUACUCUUGCCCCAUCUUCUUCCUCCUCGGAAACAAGGCCCGAAUUCAUUUCAGGAUCAAAAGAUUCUUUCUCAACCAGAAUGCCUACUUCUGAGAACACUUCCAGUGGCUCAAUUGGUUCAAUUUUCUCAAGGGGUGGAUCUGUCCCUCAUUCUACUGUCCAACUGUCUAGUCAGAAUUCUGCUUCUACUGGCACAGGGCAUGGCAGUGAGGUUCAUGGUUCAAGCUGAUCAAGCCAAAUCCCAAUUCUCAUUAUUCCUCUUCUGGGUCAAAUUUCAUGAGCCUCACUACGUUCAUUGUUCUUGAACCCCAGAGCCCAUUAUACAUUCAGCACUUUCUGGAUAUAAGCUUCAAUUGUCAGUCACCAAGUUCCCAUCAACAAUCCAGUCGAUAGUCCACAUUAAGUUUCAUCAACCUUGUGUCCAUAUGAUCUUUGUAUUGGCCAAAAUGCGCAUUAUGUGAUCUUUAUAUGGCCAACUUCUCAUCUUGAAUAAGCUAUAGCCAUUGCUGAAAGGUAUAGCAUUCCUAUAUAGCAAUUCUAAUAACCAUGACAAGAAGCUCCUAUGAUCAAGAAAAACUCGCAUCCCUCCUAUAAUCGAGUCCAUUGUGUUUAUUUAUGCUCUGUCCUUUUCGAAGCGGAAAGGACAAGUCCAACUUUGUUUUGUCUUUCUUUUAACAAUAUGUUUAUCCUUUUCUUUGUUUUUCAUUUUCUUCUGGUCUGUUGAAUUUGGGAACUGAGCAUUCUGUUUGGUUGUUCUAAGCUUAAUGCCAAAGCUUAGAAAGGGAUUGAAAGGUGAUCUUGCUCCCCUUCCCCUUUUUGUCCA